ACUUUUUCAGAGUGUUAUACAAUGCGACCGUGAAAUCAUGCAAGAUCACUGUGGACGCCACGCCCGCCAACUCAGGUCUCUGGACGUGCGUGUUCUACACCUCGUCGUUGGCUCACACACAAGUGCCGCAGCCCAACAAGAUGGUGGAACUGAGGGUGCUCGCGGCAGACGGAGAAAACGAGAGGAGGGAAGAAGACAGCGUGACGUUGUUGUAUGCAAGAUCCCACGAAGAUGUGGCUCUGAUAAGUGCUGCGCCAGACAGAGAGGUCGCAGUGAGGGAAGGAGACAGCGCGACGUCGUAUGAAAAUGACGAGCCUAUAGUGGUCAGCGUGCAAACUUACGUGUGCGCUAACCUGGCGUUCCUGGCCACGUUCGCGGCGCUGCUCUACUGCAAGGAGCGCUACUACACGCGCUACUACGGCACGCGCCGGGAUUAUGAUGAUGAUGACAGCCUACACGAGGCCAAGCGGGCUGGAGGCGUCAAGUGCUCUGCCAACCCUUUAGUGCUCGUGUUAUGA